UAACACCGCCAGCAAUCGCCUAGCGAACAGCGAACGGUCGACAUAUAGCAGCCACAUAGCUCUAUAGCUGAUAAAAGCACUGAGGAAUACAAACAACGCAGUUUGUGUAAACAAUCAAAUUGUCGCAGCCAUAUCGAGUGUGCUUACAAGUCCAGCGGAAAGUUUUCUGAAAACCCACCGGGAAUCAAUACAAUCAUAAAAUCAGCUAAGAUGUCCGCUUCACCCACUGCCCGUCAAGCCAUCAGCCAGGCACUGCCCAUGAUCACCAGGAAGGUCAUCAUCUCGGAUCCCAUCCAGAUGCCCGAGGUGUACUCGUCGACGCCCGGCGGAACCCUCUACUCCACCACUCCUGGAGGCACUAAACUGAUCUACGAGCGGGCCUUCAUGAAGAAUCUCCGUGGCUCCCCACUGAGCCAAACGCCGCCGUCCAACGUGCCCAGUUGCUUGCUGCGGGGUACACCGCGUACUCCAUUCCGCAAAUGCGUGCCCGUGCCAACGGAACUGGUCAAGCAGACCAAGUCGCUGAAGAUCGAGGACCAGGAGCAGUUCCAACUGGAUCUGUAGGGGGUCUCGGUUGGAUGACGCCAACAGCAGCAACUGCCAAAACCAACUAGUUCUUAGAUGCACCCACUAAACCCGAUCUUAUAAGCUUAGUGUACCCAUUAACUAGAUGCUAAGUUCUUAGUUCUUCCACCUUGUUUGUUCUGUCGGUCAUAUUGACCCCGUCGUACCUUGUAAAAUCGUAGAUCUUAAGUUAAAUGCAAUAAACAAACUACACAUUAUUUAAAAGAGAA